AUUUUCAACAGGGACCAGUGUCUUGAAAGAUUGGCGCGGGCCGGGGAAAUCAGUCGAUUGAUAGCCGGCGCUCUCUGGUCUGAUUAUCUUGCUUGUGAGAAACUGUCAACUUCCUUCGUCUCUUGCUUUGCUCCUUGUAUACCGCAAACUCUUGUCGCCUCUUUCGACUGCCACCCUCGCUCUCACCUUUGACAUAUAUCUGUCUUACGAACACGUCAACCUUGACAAACACACAUCACACACAUAACCGCCGCCAUGUCUCAAGAAUUCACCUACUCGGACAUUGCCGAGCACAACACCAAGAAGGACAUCUACAUGGUCGUCCACGACAAAGUCUACGACUGCACAACCUUCGUCGAUGAGCACCCUGGCGGUGAAGAAGUAAUGCUCGACGUCGGCGGCCAAGACGCCACCGAAGCCUUCGAAGACGUAGGCCACAGCGACGAAGCCCGCGAAAUCCUCGAAGGCCUCCUCGUCGGCACCGUAAAACGCCAACCCGGCGACCCAACCCCAAAAUCUUCCGCUCAACCUACUUCCUCAAAGACUUCUGGUCCUGACGCUGCUGGUCUUGGUGCUGGUCUUUAUGUCAUCUUGUUGGUUGGUGGUGCGUUGGCUUAUUUGGCUUAUGGUUAUUUGCAGGGGAACGGUGAGGUCAAGCAGUAGAUUGUCGUUGUCUUAUUGGCUUGACUUCUGGGCCGCUCGUGGAAAUGCUGAGAAUGAUUAUUGGGAGGGAGAAGUAAAAUGCAAAGGAGAUGGCUAGAAAUGCAUAUGAUGGAGACUGCCGUCAUGUUCUAUCAAGUCAGGAGGGAAGCAAACAGACACACGGUUGUCGAGCUAGCAUGUGGCGGGUCCCGGGAACAAGGAGCAGGAAGGAGUUUUGGUCCCCCAUCCAUGGUGGCACAGAAAGAGCACAUGUCGAGCGUCAAGGGAUAAAUUGUGUCAUUCAUCAUUGUCAAAACAGGAGCUACAUAUUUUUCCAGAAAUUGACAACAUCACAUAUUCCGAGAUCGUCCCCGAUGCGUCAUGCAAGAA